AUGCUUAUUCUCCAAUCAGAACAACACACAUUCUUUCUCUCAACAAUGAGGCUUAGACGUGUACGAAGUUUGUGUAUCAUUUUGUUAUGCACUAUUUUUGCGCUCUACAUCACAAUGCAAUAUUAUGAUGAAUCAAGAGAGAAAAAUCUGUUGACGCUACAGAGUACAAUAAAAGAUUUCCGUGAAAAACCACAAGGUGUAUUAUCAGUGCCUUGGCUCGCCAAUAUGUCAGCUGGUCAACAAUGGUAUACUGAUAAGAAAAGACCGGAUUCUCGAGAUAUUCCUUUCCAAUUAUCUACCACUAAGUUGAAGGCAACAAUUGAUUCUGGCAAGAGUAAACAUUUAACCAUUGAAACAUUUCAAUCUCCAGUAUGUCCAAAAAUUGACAAUGAUUAUUCAGUGAAUACAACAUAUCAAAUGAAUAAUAUUUAUAACCAGUUGGCAUUUGAUGACCAACCCGGCGGUGUAUGGACUCAAGGAUUUCCGAUUGAAUAUAAAAUGGAUCAGUGGAAAGAGCAACCAUUAGAAGUUUUCAUUGUACCAUUUUCACAUCAAGAUCCAGGUUGGAUUAAAACUUUGGAAAAGUACUUCGUCACUGAAACAAAGCCUAAUCUAGAUGCUACGUUAAAUAUAUUAAAUGAAAACGAAGAAUCUAGAUUUGUCUAUUCUGAAGUGUCAUUUUUAGAUUUAUGGAUAAAUACUUUAUCAGAGGAACAAAAACAAUCUUUCAAAAGAUUGUUGCUCAAUGGACAUUGGGAAAUUGUUUCUGGUGGCUGGGUUAUGCCAGAUGAGGCAGUUACGCAUUAUUAUUCGAUUAUUGAUCAAUUUAUUGAAGGUCAUCAUUGGUUAUUAGAACAUUUUGACUAUCGACCCAAUGUCACAUGGUCUAUCGAUUCCUUUGGACAGAGUUCGACAAUGCCAUAUCUAGCGAAAAAACUUGGUUUCUCUCAGAUGAUUAUUAAUCGUGUACAUUAUGAAGUCAAAAAGUAUCUUGCUAGUCGAAAAGCCUUGGAAUUUAUGUGGCAUCAACCAUGGGAUGCUGCCGGUUCUUACUCUAUCCUGGUGCAUAUGUUCCCAUUCUUUUCAUAUGAUGUUCCGCAUACAUGUGGUCCAGAGCCUGCAGUAUGCUGUCAGUUUGACUUUAUUCGAACGGAAAAGUACGGUUGCCCAUGGAGAAAAUUACCGGUCUUCAUAGAUGAUUCAAAUGUUGCUGUUCGAGCUGAUAUGUUAGCUGACCAGUACAGGAAAAAGGCUACAUUAUACAAUAAUAAUGGUCUAGUUUUAGUCCCAUUGGGUGAUGAUUUUCGUUAUCAGUCAACACAUGAAUGGAAUGUUCAAUUGGAUAACUAUAAUAAAUUAAUUCAGCACAUCAAUUCAAAUCCUAGCUAUAGGAUGAAAAUACAUUUCUCCACAUUAUCCAAUUAUUUUCAUGCAUUAAAUGAACGAGUAAACAAAAUGAAUUCAACAAUGUCCACAUCAUUUCCAUCACUAUCUGGUGAUUUCUUUACUUAUGCAGAUCGACAACAUGAUUAUUGGAGUGGAUAUUACGAUUCAUAUCCUUAUCAAAAAUUCUUAUCACGUAUAUUAGAAUCUGAGUUAAGAACAGCUGAAAUACUUUACAGUUAUACCAGACAAAGUGUUGGUCGUAUACAAAGCGUUACUCAAUUAGUGCCAUUAAUUACAAAUCUUUAUCAGAAUCUUACAACAGUUCGACGUAAUCUUGGUUUAUUUCAACAUCAUGAUGCAAUAGCUGGUACAGCACGACCGGAAGUAAUGCUUGAUUAUUCAGAAAAAUUAUUGAGAGCUGUCGAUGCGGCACGGAAGGUUAUUACAAUCUCUAGUGCUUAUCUGUUACUAUUACCAUCAAUGUUAAAAUCAGAUAUUGAGUUUUCAAAUAGACGACGAUUACCUGUUUCCAGUCAAUUUAAGCAGACGUUAGUUCAGUUAAAUGAUGAAUAUGAGAGAAAAAACGAUGAUAGUAGUAAUAAUACUUCACACAUUUUCUAUUCUCUAGAAGAUACUUUACAUAAUUAUCAAUAUUCAGAGCCAAUUUUAAUUGAUUUCUUUGAGAACAAUAACAAUUUUGAUGUUGAAAAUACACGUCGUAUUUACAUUUUCAAUCCAUCAAGUCGUAAUCAUAGUAAAAUCAUCAAAUUACAUGUAAAACAUCAUCUAAUGAAUUUUGAAGCUAAACAAAUUAUAUCAAAUUCUAUGGAUACAUUAAAUCAUCAAUUAGAUAUACAAUUGGAGCAUAGUUUCAUUCAUGAUCAGCAUAAACAACAACCUGUUAGUUUGUUAUAUUUAAGUCCAGUUAAAUUAUAUCCAUUGUCAUUUAUAUGUAUUGAAUUGAACGUAGCAUCAACAGCAACAUCAUCUUCUAUGGUACAAGUAAAACCACAAUUAAUACCAGUUAUAAAUGAUGCUGAGAUGUUAGUUCAUAAUCGUCCCCAACUUUUCAUAGAGAAUGAUUAUAUUCAACUGGAAUUUGAUUCUAAAACUGGUUAUCUUCAAAAAAUGUUGAAUAAAUUAACUGGACAAUCUAUGGAUAUGAAAAUUAACUUUAUACAAUAUGAAAGUUUAAAAUUCGAUUCACAUAGUGGCGCUUAUUUAUUCAUCCCUGAUGGAUUAGGUGAACCUUCACCAAAUCCAAAAUCGUAUCAUUACACGAAAGGUAAUUUGGUGGAUGAAGUGAUAGUUUACACGCAGUAUGUUACACAUACAGUUCGUUUGUACAAAUCAUCUGGUCUACAAUCACAGUUCAUUGAGAUUGAAAACGUUGUCAACAUAAAAGUCAGUCGUCCUACUGAUAUCGACUUAUUUAUGACAAUACAAACUAAUCUUUCGAAUAAAGAUCGAGUAUUCUAUACCGAUUCUAACUGCUUCCAGUUUACACAAAGACAGUAUCAUGAUAAAAUUCCUUUGCAAGGGAAUGUUUAUCCAAUAGCAUGUGGCGCCUAUAUAGAACAAGAAAUGAAUGAAAGUGAUGAUAGGAGCCAUGCGAAACAAUAUCAACGAUUAAAUCUAUUCACUUCACAUCCUACUGGUGUAGUCAGUCCUAAAGUUGGUCAAAUCAAUGUAUGGAUUGAUCGUCGAUCUUCACGAGAUGACUCACGUGGUGUUCAAUCUAAUUUACAUGGAGAAUGGAUUGUAAAAUCACAAUUACAUUUAUUUACUGAAAUAAUUUCAAUUGAUAAAACUCAGAAAAUGUGUUUCAUGCUGCACCGAAUACUCAAGUUGGUGUGAUUUUCCGACGUCAUGCACCAGUGUGUUAUGCUAGAAAUUUACCAAAAAUUGAUUUUUACUCAGAAUGUUUCAAUAAUCAUGUUGGACAAAAUGAACUUAAUAUACAUGAAUUAUUUGGCUCAAUUCAAUUAAAACAUGCAAUACAAACUAAUUUAACUAUGAUUCCAUCAUCUAUCUCUUCUAUGAUGGGUAAUAGUAGAUAUCAAUCAAUGAAGAUGAAUUAUAUUCAUGUGAAUUCAAUGGAAAUUGAAGCUUACUAUCUUGUUUAAUUAUAAUUAUUCAUAUUGUUAUCAUCAUUUUUAAAUUUUCUUUUUUAUACUUCACAGCUCUGUUGCUUUUUGUUUUUCUUGUGCAAAUUAAUCCUUAUGUUUUCUUUUCGUUUGUUUUUUGAAAUGUCCCAUGGCAACAACUUUACUUCAGCUAUCUCUCCUCUCUUGUGAAUGUAAAUACAUGCGUUUACAUAGGAUAUAGCCAUAAUGAUGUUGGUCAAAUUGUAUAAAUUACUCAUGUGUUUGACUUUUGUAAUAUGCUGACGGAAUUUUUUCUUUUCCUAUAUACAUAUAUGCAUCAUUAUUACAUCAGUCUUUCGUCUAAUGCUCAUCCUUAAUUUAUUAUUUAUUUAUUUGAACACAUCAAUAUUGGUACAAAGGGGCACCGA